AUGGACAGAAAGUCUGCUAGAAUAAAAGCAGAGUUACAAAGAUAUGGUUGGAGAGUUUCGAAGAAGUUUAAAUAUAGGAAGGGAAAGCCAAUAAAAGUCUAUGACAAAUUGACAGGUCUUACCUACGAAUUAGAUUUGGAAACAGCACGUGCCAAUUAUCCAAACAGACUAGAGAGGUUAGAAGAAGAACGUCUUAUGGACAUGCCUUUCGAUGUUAGUGAACCUCAAGUUGAAGGACACGACGGCUUUGCCAGAUUCUACUGGAAACAUGACGAACAAUUGCAUCCUUUGAGAAGGAAAAAAGGAAAAGGUGAAGACGCACAUGCUCCCAUGGAAAGAACAAGAUAUGCAUAUGAAAAGUAUCGUGAAGUUAGAAGUCAAAUUACAUCUGGUCGAACCUUUACAGUAAACUUUGACGAAGGAAAGAACAAAAAAGGCUUCAUGGGAGUACUUGCUGCAAUUCAAGACGGAAAUAAGAAAGGACACAAUCUCAGAUUGACCAUAACAGAUUUGGAUGGUCACAUUUACUAUGCACAUGGCAAUGAACAAACAGCCGCAAAACUUCUUGACGCUUUCAAGACUACAAAGAGAGUACAAAUGGUUGACUCCGACUCAGACAUUUUGAAUGCAAUUGAAGGAAUUGCAAGUGUCAAGUUCGAAUGGUACCAACCCAACCCUCAAGCAGUCAGACAACAUGCUGGAUACUUCCCGUUCAUAAAUAAGUCUGACAUUGACUUGACAAGGUAUGGAAUUUACAAUUCAAUUGAAACAAUUGUCAACGAACCUUGCAUUCUUACAUGUCUCAGGAACUCUGGUCUUGUUACAGAUGAGAAGAUGAAGUAUCUUGAGUCAU